AUCUUUUUAUCUUACGAGUUCUCUUUUCAAUUCACAUACGUAUCAAUCUUAGAUCUCUUCAGUUCCGAUAUCAAUCUUAGAUCUCUUCAGUUCUUUUUUCAAUCUCCGAUGGAUGACCGCGGCCAAUCUCCGUCGGUGGUGACAAAUCGUGUUGAUGGAUUAGUUAGAUCUUCGCCUCCACUUUGCAAAAAAUCCGGAUGGUGCGCAUGCAUCGCCGCGCUACACCCAAUGUGGGUAGGGUUCUUAUGAUUGAAAUCAAAUCCGUUGAUGAGGAGGGAGCAGUGGUGUCUUUGUUGACUUAUGAUAACUUGGAGGGAAGGAUUAAUGAGAUUGGAUCCGUUAUUGGAAGGAUCGAGCCUGCUCAAGUCCAAUCACUGGAUCCGCUUGUACUCUCGAAGUCUACCCUUAACUUCGAUCAACGGAUGAGAUGUGAGGCGAGCUUCAACAAACGGAGGCAUGUACGCAAAAUCAUGCUCUCCGUAGCAAGAGCUACCGACACUAGAGAUUUGCUCGGCUUAUACAAGUUGUGCAAGUGGCCUUCUUACGACGCUUUGAACGAUCAGCAGUCCAAAUUCUGGAGAAAUGUAUUACCGUCGAUUCCUAUGGCUGUUCAAAAUGCCUUGCGUUACAGUAUUGCGAACAUCACCGUUCGUAGCUGGAGAAUCUUGAAACCUGGGAUUCUUAGCUCUUCUGUUUUGGAACAAAUUCGUUCCACUUGUUGGGCUUUUGGUCUAGGUCGUCAAUUUGAGUCUCUCCUCAAGAACAAUAACAAGUUGCCUAUGGAGGAAUCAUUGUCCAUUGACUAUAUUAUCGAGCAUACAGAAUGGGAUCAUCCAGAUGGUAGUCUUGAUGAUCUAUUCAACGCUGAGCCUCUUUUUACUUGUGAGGGGGUUAAAUCCUCUAUAGUGGGUGAGCCUCCUUUUUUCCUGGAAGAGUUCAAAGUUCUCCGCGAUGAUGACUACAACACUGAAGCUGCAUGGGACAGGCUGCUUGUAGACUCCGCUAUGAAUGCGCAUGGCUGCUCCAUUGCAGCGACGGUUGUUAUAUAUCCUAGCUACGAAAACAAUAAAAAAGGAAACUUAAUAUUUAAACCAACCCUCGAAGAGUAUAACGCAUUUAAAGCGAAUCCAAAGAAAAAGAACCGUUUGCAUACCAUGAACUUGACAGGAGUUGGGGUAGAUGAAAUGGAGGAUGGCACUCUUGUCCACUACUUCGAAUUCCUGGAUAGCAACGGUGACAUUGGCGUAGGAGAUCGUGGAUACUUAAAAUUUGCUCGGUAUCCUUGCCCCAUAAUUGAAUGCUGUCACAUGAAGUUGUGGGGAUGAGCUAUGAUCUCAUCCCUGCCUAUAUUUUUAGCCAGAACCUGUAAGUUUUUGGGAGUGGUUUGGCUAAGUUUUUUGCGGAUUAUUAUCGGACUUGUAAGUUUUUCGGAGUGGUUUGGCUAUAAGUUUUUUGCGGAUUAUUAUCGGACUUGUAAGUUUUUCGGCGUCGUUUGGCUUAGUUUUUUCGGGUUAUGAUCACGUUUGUUAUGGAGAAAUCUGUAAACAACUACGAUCUUUUAUAUAUUUGACUCAUCCGCUUAAUGUGAUUUAGUCUAAACUUCUUUAUGCGAUUUUAUUUUAUUUUAA